AUGGCUGACAGCAAGCUAGCGAGGCGGAUAAAGCACACGCACGAAACCAAUGCCCUCAAUUAUGGCCAUUUUGGUACCGCGAUAUACGAUGACAUACAUCACAGAUGGACGUUUCUACGUCAACACCAAGCUCGAGCACCAUAUGAUUCCGAUGAGGAAGAUCACGCCACUCGAGACAGUUUACCUGCUUUCGAGCUCGUUCAUGAACAAGAAUGGGGUUCUGGAGAAGAUUCGCUGAAUGCCAACUUUACCGCAGAGGCUACUACGGCAGGCCAAGGACUGAAGAACAGAUUACUCAAGCAAAUACCUGACGCCGUGACUGCGGCUGUCGAAUUGCCCGCUUUCACAUAUGCGUCGACUGCACAAGACGUCGAUGAGAGCCGAAGACGAUCCACCGGAAAUGUCCUGGCUUUCGGCAAUUCUAGCCGUCCAUUUGAAACAGGAUCUCACGGCGAUGUACCUGCCACUCCCAUUGUCGCCUUUCCAACCGGCCUUGGAGGGGAGCAAGUUCAGUUUGCCGCUGUAGAUGUAUGUGGUAUCUCCCUUGCCGAUGAUUCUGGCCUGGGGAGAUCCUGUAGGGUUCCUUGCGUUGGAAACCAAGCCCUGGCAUACUGGAACGAUUCGGCCGAGCCAAUCCGUCAAUUAUCGUGCUCAAGGCACCGAAACCGCACGCAAUUUCUUGUGGUCAAAUCAAGUGGGACGACUCUACUACGUCCCUCCACAGGACACAAUCGUUCAGAAGUGUUCCUAACCUCAAGAGGGUUGGGCCAGGGUUUGAACAGAUCAGGGUCACUUCUAGACCCGUGUCCUAUCCUGACCAUACCUUCUUCCCGGACAGGAGGGCACCCUCACGCCCACUCUGAUUUCCAUCCACACGAGAAGAAUUCAAUUGCCAUCGUGGAUACGAGUGGUAAUUGGAGCAUCUGGAAGACCAAGGGUAGGAGAGCCACGUCGACUCAUGUUCUCUAUCAGAUACAUCUGCAGAGCUCCGGUGGAUUGAGCAUUGUUGAACAUCAGCCUCUGUCCAUCGGGACUCAGCAAUGUUUCGACGAUUGGCACAUGAUUUGCUGGUUGACGAACGUAGAAGGCGUCGUGGAGCGGAUAUUAGUGUGCAAUCGACGCUUGGCCGGAGUUUUUAAGUUAAAUGGCGAAUUUGUGGGACACGCCGAUAUGCGUUUGGGACUACAAUCGAAACGACACCAGAUUUUGGAUGUUAAGAACAGCACCCGACGGCAGGACCACGUUUUUGUCUUGACCACAUCGCGCUUGAUGAUCUUCAGGUCGUCGGAGGUCAGCUGGAAAGAAAAGUCAGGUGCUGAGCCAUUGGCUUUGGUAUGUUCGUGGAAUCAUUUUCGUGACGGUAGUGAUACGGGCCUCCGCAUGGCUCUUUUUGAGUCUGUCCAAACUACUUGGGUGUUGCUUUUCUCGAGAACAACUCAUGUUGCCACUGUCUACACUUUCGGGGAAGGGCCAUUCGACCCAAAUACUGUUUCGCUUCGAGAUCCUUCCAGCUUUCAACUACCACCACAACUGAAGGGACGAAUGAGUACUAUCAGCGACCUUGUUCUCUGUCCUAUCGGCUUUGUCCUUGAGAACAUCGCUUCUGAUGAGUUGGACUAUGGUCUAUUCAAAUUGAUCGCGUGCACCAACGACGGAAAAAUAAUUGAAGCGGUCUACAAGCAUCGUCAAGGACAAUUGUCCGCCGCCCAAAAUGGUGGGGAUCAAUUCAUACAUUGGUCCCUGCCCAAGACAACUGGUAUCCAGAUUCAGAGUACUAGACGUGUCAGUGAUGACGAUUGGGAUGAUUUUGUUGUGGACGAUAAUGCUAGUGAGUCCAGGUCCACAGCCGAACGUGUUCCAGACCCGCAGGAGCGUCAGGCUCUGGCCCGUGCGAUGUCGCAUUUUCGGAAUUGGGAGCGGCUUCUAGAUUAUGACCCCGUUCGACCGAGUGAGAACGGAUCUUCUUCCUUUGAAGCGGCCCUCCAGGAGGCGAUCAAACGAUGGGAAACAUUACGUUUGGAGAAUGAAACCGGCUGUCUUUAUUUGAUGUCCGAUUUUCUCGAAGGACAUCAGAUCAUGGACAUAGAACAAGCCUCGGAAAUCGCUAACGCGUGGCUCGACAACUUGAAGUCGCAGGAUGAGUAUUCUGUUGAAUCGGCUGGCCUUAGCCUCUUGGACUUGAAUGGCCCAUCAGAGUAUGAGUUAUUGCACGCCUACAACCACCUCACCACCUCUUAUGUCGAGUCACUUUCAUGCGAAGUGACGGACCGCAACAGGGUCAAUCGUGAAAGAACCGUCCGUCAGAUUGCAGGGGUUAUAUUCUUGGGAAACCUGACCUUGAGAGUAAGCAAAGCUGCUCAAAAUGCCGGCGUGUCAAACCCACAACCAGGGUUUAUGCCAGGCCGGACGGUAUCAUUACCUCUCCCAGAAGCAGAGUCAGAUGGCCUAGGUGCUCAAUCGUCCCAGCCAUCUACCUCUCAGAGUCCAAUGUCCGAAGAGGAGCUGGCAGUUACUCGUCUGCGUCAGUAUGCAACGUUUUCACCAGAGGGACCUCCCUUGCAGCUUUCUCAUCACAAGAACAUUUCAAACAUAUUGUUCCAUGCACCAAACUCGAUUGAGGAUGAUCCUGCCCACUACUCGUACCGAAACACCAAUCAAAGACUCAAACUGGUGCAGGAAGAGAUGGCAACACAAUCGUUGGACCCGCGUGAAAGACGAAAAGCGUUGAGGCAGGCAGCUCGCUUGCAGAAGAAGCUAGAAAAGACAGCACAAAUCAGUCAAGAGGUCAUGUUGCAACGGGUUUUGCUGCCUAACAUCGUCGAAGGAAAUGGAGGAGCAGACCUGCCCGGAAGGGAGGUGCAGAGCAGUCAACUCGCAGCACCCCACCCGAGUCAGGGUCAUGAUGGCGUCCCAGGUCUGAGUAUGACGCAGCCAGAGAGAGGCGCUUUUGGAACGAGGCUCCCGAAGACAAAGGGAAAGGAGAAGGCGAGCCGGAGGAAGGCUGGAUUUUGA